GGUUAUUUGAUCUUGAUAACAAAAAUUCCUUCUAAUGCAAGCUUACUGUUUAUUUACUAAUCUUCCAGAUGACUAGAAUAAGUGACGAUGCUUUAUGGAUCGGUGGUAGGGCUAAAUUCGAUUCGGGAUAUGAAUGGAUUGACGGUUCCCCCUUCGAUUUCGACAACUGGGCCCUUGGCGAGCCAAACAAUUAUCUUGAUCAAGAGGAUUGUAUUAGUCUCUACACUCAUCGUCUUGGGAACUGGAAUGACCUGAACUGCGCUCUUCUGAAAGGUCGAAUGUGCAAAAGGGUGCAUGGAAGCACUUUGCCUCCUCCCUCUUCUACUCCAGUUCCAGAUGGGCACUGUCCAGAGGGAUGGACCCACACAGGUUCCAAGUGUCUGAAGAUGAUCUACGAACCUGCGAGUAAUAACUAUUCUCGAAAUGCGUGCAAGGCUCUUCAUUCAAAUUCGGAUCUUGUCAGCAUUCAUUCCAAACAGGAACAAGCUCAUGUCAUGGCAGCCCUUGGUUUAUUGGCAAAGAACGCCUGGAUUGGACUCAGGCAGGACAGGGAAUUUGUGUGGUAUGACCAGACACCUGUGACCUUCACAAACUGGGCUUCCGGAGAGCCUGAUGGACAAGGUCUUGAGGUAUAUUGCGUAGAGGCCUACUAUCACUCUGGGCAGUGGAAUGACAUAAACUGUGACUACAAAAAGCCUUUCAUAUGCCAGUUGAAUCAAGAUCCUGAUAUCCACGAAGAUGACCCACCGCUACGAUGUGAGACUCCCUUUGACAAUUAUAUUUCCUACAGGGGUUCUUGCUACAGAGCCGUUAGCACAAAAAUGACGUGGCAGUUUCAGGAAGCAGAGAAAACUUGCCAAAAUGAUGGAUCCCACUUGGCUUCCACUCACGAUCUGGCAGAAAAUGCUUUAGUGUGGACUCUCAGUCAAAAUAUGGGAUUCAAGUCUAUAUGGAUCGGUUUCAACAAUAUUCAGGAUAAUAAAGUAUUCAAGUGGUCUGAUGGCUGGCCUUCAUUCUACACCAAUUGGGCUAAGAAUCAGCCAGACAUCAGUGCAGCUAAUCAAAGCUGCGUCAGGCUGGACGUCGAGAAUGGACUCUGGUACACUACUUCUUGUGCUGAAUCUCGUUCCUUUGCAUGCAAAUUCAAAGAUGGAGCUGUACCUACCCCUGACCCACCUGUUACUGGCUUCUGCCCUGAUGAGAGAUGGUUGGAUCUCGGUGGUGGUUACUGUUAUCUUAUCGUGAAAGAUACAAAAUCGUGGAAUGAGGCAAACAUGAAUUGCGUAAAGGAGAACAGUAAUCUGGCGUCUAUUCAUUCUGAGGAUGAAAUGAAACUACUUUUGAUGGCCAUCAAAGAUUCCGGGAACCCAGUCUGGAUAGGCCUCAUCCAGAAAAUUGACGGUUUUGGAUGGAGUGAUGGGUCUGGCCUUGACUUCGUCAACUGGGAUGACGGGGAGCCAAGCAGUGAUGAAGAACAAUGCGCUCAGGUGGAUCCUGGUCAAGGCACUUGGAAUGACGCAGAUUGUUCGUCUGUCUUGCAAUCCGUGUGCAAAAAAACCAAAACACGAAUUCCAGAACCAACGAAUCCUACGCUGCCUCCAAGGCCAGGCACAACAACUCAUCCACCUGAUGGUGGAAGUGGUCUCAGCAGUGGUGCAAUAAUUGGAAUAGUGACAUCUGCGCUCGUCAUAAUAGCAGGUGUUGGUUUCAUUGGGCUGACAUUUGUUAACAAAAAGAGAAGCAGAGAAAACUACGCUCCGUUUACAGCAAGUUUUGGGGGACAGUCAGCCUCUAGAGUAAACAUCACGACCCUUGAUACGACAGAUGCGUAA